UAAUUAGUAAUAAUAUUAUAAGUUUAUAUUUAUGUAUAUAGGUAUUCAAUGUAAUUUUCUUUUUUAUAGUUUAUAAUAUAGUAUUGUUUUUUUCAUUUACGUUAUUAUUAAAUUAUUCGUUAGUUUCUGCAAACUAAAUAUAAUCAUUGAAAACUAUAAUUUAUACACGAUCUACCAUCAUAGUUAAUUUUUAUUUUGAUAUAAAUGCUUAUAUUAUACUUGGUUUCAUAAAAUAAUAUAAGCAUUUAUAUGUGAACUAACCUAAUAAAGAAACAUUUAUAUAAAUAUAUAUAUAUAUAUAUAUAGGUCAGUCAGAGUGAUUAAUCAUUACGCCAGAAAAAUCGUAAGAGCUGAUGAGGCCUGUGACAACGAACAAAUAUAUGAAUGUGUAUACAAACUUUCGAAACUACCGAUGACUAUAGAACUUUUAGAAGCCACUGGAAUUGGUCUAGUGGUCAACAAAUUAAGAAGUAGAGGCGGAGUCGUAGGGAAAUUAGCAGAAAGAGUAGUCCUUACUUGGAAAUAUGUUGUAAAAACAGAAAUAUUAUUAUUUUCCCAAGGAGAACCAUAGCUUUUAAGUGUUAAACAUAAUAAAAAAAACAAAAAAACAAAAAAAAAAAAAUGGAGUCGUCACUUAUCUUAGAAAAAAUCAACUCCAUAUUACAACAACGUGACGAAAACAACCUCGGCAUGGAUGAAAUUAAAGUCACUUUCAGAAAAAACUUGAGAGAAAUAAAUAUAAAGAUUCUGAAAGCGAGAUUGAAAACGACACGAGCAAUAUUAGAAGAAGAAAAACAAACGAUGAUAAAUAAUUAUAAAAAUUCAAAUUAUAUAGCGUUUCUUUGUGAAAAAAAUAUACAGAAAGGUCUUAGUGAGUUGUAUGAACAAUUAGACAAAUAUUGAUAAUAUUCAGUUUUUCCAAAAAAUAAAAUUUGUUUUUACAAAUAAAUUAUUUUGUUAUUAUUUAUUAUUUUAUAUUAUAAAAAUAUAUCGAAUGAUAUUGUCAUAAAUUAUAAAAUAUAUCAUCCCUGUGUAUAUAAUAUCUGUUGAAGAAUAAUAAAUGUUUUAUAUCAUCAAUUCUGGAUAAGUUUGAUAAUCGUUCAAAUAAAACUAAUGCAAUAAAAAUGUUAGGAAAAGUGGUUUAGAUUUAAAAAAACGUAUCAAUUAACAGUUAGUUUUGAAAUUCUAUGUAAUUUUCAGAAUCAUGAACUCAGAAAUAAACGUAGUUAAAAGCAGAAUUCUAGAAGUAGAACAGCAGGUGCGUGACAAUAAACGCUAUUGUAUCGAGAAACGGAAAGCAUUUCAAAAAGUAUUUACAAAAAUUAAUGAUUGUAUUAAGAAAAAAACAGUUUUUAAAAAUAAAUUGAUAAAUGAACAUAAUAGUUUCGAAAAAUAUUCAAGUGAAUGUAAAGCAGAUCUUCAGUGCCGGUUAACAGAACUAAACAAUCGGUUAAGAGAAUUAGAAUCUGAGUAAUUUCUUAUUAUAUUAACCAAUUCUUUUUUUCUUUGUAAUAAUUUAGAAUUAAUACUUUUAUUAUAUUUUGAAAACAAUAUUCUGAAUUGCUUGCAUAAGAAUUAAAAAAAAAGAAGUUGAUGUUAUAAUAAAUUUACAAUAUUAUGAUUGCUUUUACCUAUGUUUUUUUUUUAUUUAAUCUAUUUUUUCAGUUUCAUAAUGAAAAGAAAAACGGUUACAAAACACGAGCGGAUGUCAUCUUCUGACGAAGGUUUAUUUGAAAUCGAGAGAUUUAAGAAAUGUUCAAAAACAUUUUUGAUUAAGAAUACUUUAAAUUUUAUAGAUUACACGCUUUUUUUUAACUAUGUUAGAGAUAAAUUAAUUUUAAAGUUAAAAGAAUCAUGUUUACAAUCAUCUAUAAAAUUUAAUUUACAUGUGGAUAGCGUAUACGAAAGAAUACUCACUCAAGAAGUUCGGGACAUAGCUUUCAAAACUUCUAAUACACUUGCAUGUAAUUCAUCCAAUUUCAAUAAAUUACUAAAUGGAAUGUUCAAUAAAUUAUUAUCUGAACAAGACCAGUUUUUAGCGAAAGGAUCUGGGUGGUCCCUUAAAACUAUAGAUGUAUUACAAUUGAGAAUUAAUACAGUGAAUCCUCUCAGAGGAGGAACGUAUCUAGAUCUACCUGAAUAUAUAAAAGAUAAAAGAGCAAUUAUAAAUGUAAAAAAUAACGAUGCUAAAUGUUUUAAAUAUUCAAUACUAUCUAAGUUUGAUAAUCGAUCGAAUAAAACUUAUUUGAAUAAGAAAUAUUUUAAAAUGUUAGAAACAAAAAGUGGUUUAGAUUUUAAAUGUAUUGAUUUUCCAACACCAAUCAGUCAGAUGAAAAAAUUUGAACGUACAAACGAUGUAUCAAUUAAUAUUUAUAGUUUAAAUGAUAAAAAACAUAUUUUUCCUUUGUAUAUUUGUAAUACUGAAAGAAAAAAACAUUUCGAUCUUUUUCUGUUCAAUAAUGAUGAAACAUCACAUUACUGUUAUAUAAAAAAUUUUUCAAGAUUCGUUAGAAGUCAGAAAACUAAAAAUUGUACUAAGCUAAUUAUAUGUAAAAGAUGUUUUACUACUUUUGGGAACAAACCGUGUAAAAGCAAACUUUGGGGUAUGAAAGGAUUGAUUGAACAUCAACAUAAUUGUAGAAAGAACCAAUUAGGGAAACCUAUAAUGUUUGAAGAGGGAGAUGAUGAUUUUAUUUAUUUUAAAAGUUAUAAAAAAACUCAAAGGAUACCAAUUGUUAUUUAUGCAGACUUCGAAUGUAUUUUAACUCCUAAAAAACCUGAUGAAUUCAUUCAGAGUUGUAAAAAAAAAAAAACAUAUAUUACACAUUUACAUGAAAUUAUGAGUUAUGGGUUUUAUGUAAAAGUCGACUAUGAUAUUAUACCAAAAGAGUUAGUAAAACAGUUGAAGAUUCCUAGAAAGGUGGUUAUUUAUAGAGGUGAAAAUGCAGCAAAAAAAUUUAUGGAAAAUAUGAUUGAUAUCGGAAAUAAUAUCAAAACAAUUUACGAAACUGCUACACCAAUGGGUAAAUUAACUGAAAAAGAAGAAAAACGUUUUCAAAGAAUUAAAAGAUGUGAAAAAUGUUCAAAACAUUUUAAAAAAAAUAAUUUAAUUAAAGUUCGAGAUCACUGUCAUUUUACUGGUAAAUAUAGACAAUGUCUUUGUCUCGAAUGUAAUUUUCAAAUAACUAAUCCAUCAUUCAUUCCAAUUUUCUUUCAUAAUUUAUCGUACGAUAGCCAUUUCAUAAUUCGAGAGCUCGGUUGCGAUGAUCAAAAUAUUCACGUUAUUCCUAAUUCAUCAGAAAAAUAUAUAUCCUUCAGCAAGGAAAUCGCACCUAAAUUUAGUAUAAAAUUUGUUGAUACAUUCCGUUUUAUGAGCGAGUCAUUAAGUAAACUUGCGGAAAAUUUAUCUGAAGAUAAGUCGAGAUUUAGAGAAACUCUUAAAAUAUUUUCUGCGGAAGCACUAGAUUUAGUUACACGAAAAGGAGUCUUCCCUUAUGAAUAUGUCGAUAAUUGGAGUAAAUUAGAUGAUACUUUUCUACCAUCAAAGCUAGAAUUUUAUAACUCUUUAACAGACGAGAAAAUUAGUGAUGAAGAUUAUAUACAUGCUAAAAAUGUAUGGCAUACAUUUGAUAUAAAGACUUUAGGUGAAUAUAGCGAUCUUUAUUUAAAAACUGAUGUUAGCAUACUAGCCGAUGUGUUCGAAAAUUUUAGAGACUUAUGUUUAUCUACGCUCGAACUAGAUCCUGCUCAUUAUAUGACUGCUCCCGGGUUUGCUUUUGACUGUAUGCUGAAGUAUACCAAGGUCAAAUUAUCAAGGUUAAAGGAGUAUAACAUGUUGCUUUUCUUCGAAAAAUCGAUUAGAGGCGGGAUAUGCCAAUCAACCAAAAGAUAUGUUAAGGCAAACAUACCAAAUAUCGAAGGAUUGGACUAUAAUGCAAAUGAACCGAUCACAUGGAUUACAUAUCUCGAUUGUGUGAAUUUGUAUGGGAAGUCUAUGUUAACAGAAUUACCUUUUAAAGAUUUUGAAUGGGUUGACGAUCUCAACAUAGAUGUAACUAAAAUCGCUGAUGAUUCAGAAGUCGGAUAUAUAUUAGAAGUUGAUAUUGAGUAUCCUAAACAUCUACAUAAAUAUCAUAAUGAUUUCCCAUUUUUACCGUUUAACGAAUGUCCACCAAAUUCGAAAGUUGAGAAAUUGUUAACUACUUUAUCACCGAAAAAAAACUAUAUUGUACAUUACAAAAAUUUAAAACAAGCAAUUUCUCACGGUCUUAAAGUAGUAAAAAUUCAUCGAGCUAUCCGUUUUUCCCAAAGUAAAUGGAUGGCAUCAUACAUAAAAUUAUGUACAUCUAUGAGAGUACAAGCUAAAAACGAGUUUGAGAAGGAUUUCUGGAAGUUGCUAAUUAAUAGCGUUUUUGGUAAAUGUAUGGAGAAUGUUCGAGCAAGAACUUCUAUAAAACUGGUUUCUUCAGAACAAAAAGCAAGGAAAUUAAUGGCGAAAACUAGUUUUAAAGACAGAACUAUAUAUUCUAAGAAUCUCAUGGCCAUUCAUCAGCAUAAGGAAACAAUUAAAUUCGACAAGGCAAUUUAUGUAGGAUUUGCAAUUUUAGACGUUUCGAAAACAUUUAUGUAUGACUUCCAUUAUAAUGUAAUGAAGAAAAGGUAUGGUACUAAAAUUAGUUCUUUAUAUUCGGAUACUGAUUCCCUGAUAUAUGCUAUCCAAACAACAAAUUUUUUUGACGAUUUAAAAAAUAGUUUAUUACCAUAUUUUGACACAUCUAAUUAUCCUAAAGACCAUUGUUGUUUUAGUGAAAUUCAUAAAAAUCAACCAGGGUUCUUUAAAGAUGAAAUGAAAGGAAUUAUAAUUAAAGAAUUCGUUUCAUUAAGACCGAAAUUAUAUGCUUAUAAAACUAUAGAUGGCGCUGAGAAAAAAAAAGCAAAAGGCGUAAAGAAAUAUAUAAUUAAAAAUCACAUGCAAUUUAACAAUUAUAUGAAUAUACUAAACGCUUUUAUAAACCAUAAAACUCUCAAGGAUGAACAAACUCAUAGAAAAAUGAAUUUUAUCCAAUCAAAUAAACAUGUUGUUCAUUCGAAAACAAUGAACAAACUUGUUCUAAGUGCAAACGAUGAUAAACGUUAUAUAAUGGAUGACGGGAUAAAUACUUUAGCUUAUGGUCACUAUAAACUUAAUGACUCAGUUUAAAAGCGUU